AUGAUAACCACGCAAAGUACCACCCAGAACACAACCACCAAAAGGCGCAACUCUUUGCAUACCAAUCUUUUCGAUCCACAACUGUUCCAGGUACCGGCGCCCCCGGUACAGUCCCAGGGUCAUCUCCGGCCGGCAAGUCCAUUGGAAACACACCGUUCUGGUGGCCGUGUGCAACAUGGUAUGCUGGGAAAGCUUUCUUCUCGUGUUCCAGAAGACGUCAGGGAAUAUUUGCCAGUCGUCAAUGUCAAAGUCACCUCGUUGUGCUGCGUCUGGUACGUCACGUCUUCCGUCUCUAGUAAUCUCUCGAAAGCCAUUUUGAGUGAUUUCCCACACCCUGUGGCUCUCACAGAGCUUCAAUUUUUCAUUAGCGCUAUUUUAUGCGUGCUGUUUGUUUCCAUAGCCAACCAACUCAGCUCCGAGACUCAAAAGGCAGGUUCCCUGUCUCGGGCAGUGCUAUCUUUUCCCGAAGGCAUAAUACCCAGUUAUUUGAACGGUAACUUCAAGCUAUGCGUGGUCAACAAAUUUUUGAAACCGUGUAAGCUGGCUCUGGCAGCAACAUUCCCAAUGGGUAUUUUCCAGCUUAUAGGUCACAUCAGCUCUCAUGAAUCUACCUCGCUAAUACCGGUUUCUUUUGUUCACUCAGUGAAAGCUCUGUCGCCAAUAAUGACAGUAUUUUACUAUAGGUUCUUCAAGGGAAAGCAGUAUAAUAUGAUGACUUACCUCACACUAAUACCUUUAAUAAGUGGGGUCAUCACCACUUGUUGGUCAACGCAUGGCAGUCCAAAAAAAAAUGGAGAUAUCGCUGAAAGUCAGUUCCUAAAGGGCAUUUUGUUUGCUCUGCUCUCUAUGAUGAUUUUUGUCUACCAAAACAUUUUCGCGAAAGGAAUUCUGACAGUCAAGAAACAGCGGGGUAUUUUACCUUCGAAAUCUGAAAAGCAAGCUCUUCUCAACGAAAAAGAAUACUCACCUUUGCAAAUCGACAAACUCACCAUUCUCUUUUACUGCUCGUGUGUUGGUUUCAUUUUGACUUUACCCAUUUUCAUUUCAAACGAGCUCUUCAACCUAAGUUCGACAAAAAGUGUUUUUCAAGACUUGACAGGCAGAGCGUUGCUUUUAGUAUGGAUUCAUGGUUGUACCCAUUUCUUACAGGCUAUGCUUGCGUUUCAGCUAAUUGGGAUGCUAAGUCCUGUCAACUACUCUAUCGCCAACAUUAUGAAGCGUAUUGUUAUAAUUGCAGUUGCGCUUAGCUGGGAAUCGCGCUUUUCAUUACAGCAGGUCUUUGGCCUAUCACUAACGGUUCUUGGUCUUUAUGGCUACGACAAGUGGGGCCUUACUGGAAAACAACAUCAUACAUAA